UGGGAGGAAGAAAGGCGGGAAGCUCGAGGGGACAUCCUUUCUCGCAACACAUUCUAGAUGCCGACUUGCCGCAGGGGUUCAGGGAGCUCAAUAUCUGGUAUGAUGGGUCGACUGAUCCCUCUCGACACCUCAGAAGUUUCGAAAACAUGGCAGUAUUGCACCGUUACAACGACCCCGUUCAAUGUCGAGCGCUCCUGACAACCUUACGGGGACCAGCCCAGGAUUGGUUUCAUCAACUGCCUCCAGGAGCCAUAAAAGACUUUGAUGGAUUUAGUUCGAGUUUCCUGAACCAAUUCGCAAGCGUGAAAGCACAAGAAAAAUCGUACCUCACUUUGAUAGGAAUGCAGCAGAAAGAAGGGGAAUCAUUAAGGGACUACGUGGCAAGAUACACUCGGGCGUGUGUCGACGUCCCAUCGACCUCUGAAGAGAUCAAGUCGGGAGGACUCACUCGAGGGCUACUCCCGGGACUCUGCAGGAAUUCCCUAGCAAAGCGGCCCGGGAGGACGUUUGACGAAGUUUUGGGGAGAUGCGCCAAAUACAUGAAUGUUGAGGAAGCCGAAGCUGACUUUCUGCAAGCGGCCAAGGCAAAAACCGAAUCUCGGGACGAAAAGAAGGAAAGAAAGCCAUUUUCGGCGGGUGAAAGAAAGGAGCCCCCGAAGAUCGAGAGAGAAGGCCGUUCGAGGGGAUGGAGGCCAACCCAAUACACUCCUCUGUCAGCUCCGCACGCCAGGAUUCUUGAAGUCAUGGAGAGAGAAAUCCGUGACAACAUUGUCAGAUGGCCACGAACGAGGAAAGAAGGGCCAACACAACCUAAAAGUAACCUGUAUUGUCGAUUCCACAAGGAUUACGGCCAUAACACCGACGAAUGUCGGCACCUAAAGAACGAAAUCGAAAGGCUAAUCAAGGCAGGCCAUCUGAAAGAGUUCGUUUAUAGGGAUCGAGAGCGAACCAACAGACGAAGGGAAAGAAGCAAAAGCCCUCACAAGAGGGCAAGAACACCCGAUAAGGAAGAGCUCCCCCAGAAGAGAGGAGUAAUUCACAUGAUAUUUGGAGGACCGACUGAUGGCGAUUCAAACAGGGCUAGAAAAGCAUAUGCUCGAGGGCAUCAUGGAAAAACCGAAGUGCAGCAGGUCGAAGAAGAUAGUCCGGUGAUGAAUUUCGGACCAGCCGACAUGGGAGCAGUCGAGAGGCCUCAUAACGAUGCCUUGAUGAUCACAGCCCAGAUAUCGGGCUACGAAGUCCAGAGAAUAUUCGUCGACACAGGAAGCUCGGUAAAUGUGAUCUUUUUCGAUUGCCUUAAACGCAUGGAACUCGACAUUGAACUCUCACCCCUCCACACUUCACUUUUUGGAUUUAAUGGCUCGGAAGUCACCCCCCUGGGGGAAACUACUCUCGCUGUCGUCCUUGGGGAAGGCGACUUAAGGAAAGUAAAAAUGGUACGCUUUGUUGUGGUCGAC